UCCAAUUUCACUCCGAUUCAGCUAAAAAAAAGGAACGAAAGAUAAAUCGAAUUAGAUGAAGAGCGAUUCCUCGUGAAAACAGGCUCAUCCAAUAAAUUUCUUUGAUUUCGCGGUUGUUUAUGGAAAAUUUCGACCGAUAUUUGCCGAAAUUGAAAUAUUAGGUUUUUUUGAUGAAGAUGAGAUUUUGGGGUGUGAUUCUGCAGAUGCAGAGGGGCGCAUUUAUUUCAAGCAGAUUAUGUUGAAAAAAAGAAAAAAAAAAAGAAUUUCCAGUCGGUGAUAAUACGAGCAAAACAGUGCUACUUGUCGUUUGUUCGAUCGUGAUGUAUAUCCAUGGAAUUUCAUACCGCCAUGCAAGCUAUUACAGCAACCUUCCGCAGCGACACAUGUCUACACCAUUCUGUCUAUGUCAUCCACUGCAGAUGUUGGUUCUUGCAGUAGUAGACGCCUUGAGGUGGUGGAAGCAGCAAGAGAAGCCAUGCUCCAAUCAAUGGCUUGGGCUGAGGGCGAGGGCUUCAAAACACUCGUCGGGCCGGGCCAUGAACCGGGCUUUUCCGGUGGGGCCCUCAGCGACUGCGUGAAGCUGUACGGAGAGGCUGAGCCGAGGCUGAGGCGGUUGGUCUCCGGCGAGAGGGGUUAUGAGUUCAGCCAUGAUGAUGCUGUGACUUGGUUGAGUGCUGCUUUUGCUAGCCACACCACUUGUUUGGAUGGGUUGGAGGAGAAGGGGAUGUCUUUUGAAGCCCGCCGGGCCCACAAUCUGACCUCGGUGAUUCGUGAGUCGUUGGCGGUUUACGCGGCCAAGGACAAUCGAAGGGGAAGACGAAAGGUGGUAAGAAAAAGGCCUGGUUCAGACAAUGUAGUGGGAGGAAUCUUGGCAUCAUGGAAUGCAGCAAACUCGAAGGCUGAUUUUGUAGUCGCUCAAGAUGGAUCUGGAAAUUACAAGACGAUUAAUGAGGCGGUGGCUGCACUUUCUCAAUCGGUUCGUAACGAAAGAGUUGUGGUGUAUGUGAAGUCGGGUGUGUAUAGAGAGAAAGUCGAGAUUGGAAGGGGUUUGAACAAUAUUAUGUUUGUCGGUGACGGCAUCGACAAAACCAUUGUCACUGGCAAUGCAAAUGUGCAGGAUGGUGCCACCACAUUAAAUUCAGCUACAUUUGGUGUAUCCGGCGAUGGAUUUUGGGCCCGAGACAUGACAUUUGAGAACACGGCGGGGCCCGCCAAACACCAAGCCGUAGCACUAAGAGUGAGCUCCGACCUAUCGGUCUUCUACCGUUGUAGCUUCAAGGGCUACCAAGACACUCUCUUGGUCCACUCGCUCCGGCAAUUCUACCGCGAGUGCCAAAUACACGGCACAAUAGACUUCAUAUUCGGCGACGCCUCUGCAGUGUUCCAAAAUUGCGAUAUAUUCGUCCGGAGGCCGAUGGACCACCAAGCGAACAUGAUCACCGCACAAGGGAGAGACGAUGUAAAUGAAAAUACGGGGAUUUCGAUUCUGAAUUCGCGUGUUUUGCCCUCGUACGAAUUUGAGGGUGUUAAGGGGAAAUUUCAGAGUUAUUUAGGGAGGCCUUGGAAGAAGUAUUCGAGAGCGGUUUUUUUGAAGACGGAUUUGGAUGGUUUGGUUGAUGGAAGAGGGUGGAGAGAGUGGAGUGGCGAUUUUGCCCUUUCGACUUUGUACUAUGCGGAGUAUAUGAAUACGGGAGUUGGGGCUUUUACGGGGAAUAGGGUGAAGUGGCCGGGUUUUCAUGUGUUGAGUGAUUUGAGUGAGGCGAAUCGGUUCGGUGUUAGGAGUUUUAUUGGCGGGGAUUCUUGGAUUCCGGCCACCGGAGUGCCGUUUUCCGGUGACUUGUGAUGGCUUUUUUGGGAAUGGAGAUUGCGUGUGUUUGUGGAAUUGUAAAUUCAAGAAAAUGGUUGUUGUGUGUGUGUGUGUGUGUGUGUGUGUGUGUGUGUGUGUGUGUUAUUGUCAAUUGUGUGUAAUGCUUUUCUAUUUACUUGUCAAAAACAGAAAAGUAUUUUUAAUGUAAAUUAAUAUAAUCUAGAAAUAUCGACUUGUCUAAAGACUACAAUAAAUUUAAUUAAAUAUAAUUAUUAUUUAAAAAGAAAUAUUGAUGUUUGCA